AUGGACCAGCUAGCGCGGCGCAGCCAGCGGACGGUGCAGCAGUGCGGCGCGGGCAUCCGCGUGGAGGCGGCCCGUACGGAGGCCGGCCAGACGCCAUACAAGCCACUGCAGGCGUACAUGGACGAGGCCAGCAUUGAGAAGCACGUGCAGUCAUGGCAGCAGGUGUUGGCAUUCAUCGCGCGCACGCAGGCCGCCCAGGCAAGCCCAAGCCACGACAGGGAUGGUGAUAGCCAGGAGGAUGGUGAUAAAGGUGAUGGCAGUGGCCAUGGCCAUGGCAAGUGGCUAGGGAGGUUGCCCGCGUAUGGGAUGACCCCGCGGCAGCGCCAGAAGUGGCAGGUAUUAUGGCAGCUAGCCAUGCCGGCCAUCGCGAGGCCCGAAGCUGAAGCUGAAGCUGGUGGCCAAGCACGUGCGCAAGCCCGAGCCAGGCCAGGGGUGAGGGUUAUCCAUACGUUCGCCGGGGCAGGCCAGAUCAUUGAGGACGUGUGGAGAGCCAGCCCCAGCGCCAGUACCAGCCCAGGUAGUAGCAGCCCAGCCGUGAUGGAGAUGGACGAGGAGAUGGAUGAUGGGGAUGGGGUCGAGGCUAUAGAUGCCGAGGUGGAGGCGUGGUGGAUGACCCCAAUAGAGCAAGCAUGCUUGGAGUUUUACAUUGAGCUGAUGAACCAGUGCCACCGCACGCACGAGUACGAGAGCGCGCUGGUGUGCGCCAUGGCCGUGCAAGGGUGGGGCGAGGCGCGCUGGCGCGAUCCCAGCAGUUACCCGCCCAUAUUAUCCCGCGUGCUCAAGGUGGCGCGCUUCAUGGUGGUGCGGAAGGCGUUGUGGUUAGAUCCCCACGCCAGGGAGAUCAUCCGCAUGUGGACGGGCCAUCAGCAGCCAGGCGGCAGCGGCAGCAGCCCCGUUACAUGGCCGUUGACCAGCGUGGACGAGCAGCUGGUGGAUAUCCAUCCAGGGGAUCCGGCCCAAGGAUCACCACCAUCAUCAGGAGCAGGAUCAGGAUCAGGGUCAGGGUUAGGUGGGAAGCUGUUCCACGACCACGUGCAGCAGAUGGUGCGCAGCUUCAUGAUCCGCGGCACGCACGGCCCCAUGCAGACGUUGCUAGAUUGGCGCACGUACGGGAUGAAGGUGGAUUUCAACACCACCAGGCCAGGGCAUGUGGGAUGGAUGGGCAGCGACGAGUUAUUAUACAAGGACGUGCAUUUCACCAUGGGGGCGUUCCGCGGCUUCGUUCAUGGUUUGGUAGGAUCGGCGCGCGAGCUGCUGCGGGAGGUAUUAUAUAUAUCCCCACCCGGCACCACCACCAGUAGCACCAGUAAUAGCAACACCACCACCAGUUUCCCACCCAUCCCAUGGUCCGGAUUGUACGACGACCCCACGCAGGGCUAA